UAAGAUGUGCGCGGUUCUCCGACACGAAGAGUGGGUAAAUGCUGUGAAUGACUCUUGAGUUUAGUGAGGAUAAGGUUUAUUGACUGAAAGAGAUAUUUAGAGAUUGAUAAUAUUGCAUGAUGGGUUGUUUUCCGGUGUUCAGAGGGCGGACCUUGUAUACACUCAUGAAGAUAGUGUGUGGUACUUCGUUCAUGAUGUAUGGCGUAAGUCACACCAUGAAGCGAAAUCAUAUCCACAACACUCACGUACGCACAUACUGAUGAAGCUGUCCAGUACGAUGCCGGCGUACUCGGAGGCGUACUCCUCCACCCACCAUUCCUCAACGCCAUCGGUAACCCCAAAGACGUCUGGACGAUCCCCAUGAUAACCGCCUCAUACGACCUCGCAGCCUGCGUGACCGCCGUCGGCAUCGCCUUCUUCACCUUCAACAUCGGCCGCCGCGGCACCAUCAUCAUGGGCAACAUCGCCGCGAUAAUCGGAUCAGUCAUCCAAGCUGCAUCCUACUCGGUACCCCAACUGAUCGUCGGUCGACUCUGCACCGGCUUCGCGAUCGGUUGCAUCAGUUCCGCAGUGCCUACGUAUCUCAGUGAGACGGGGAUAGAGAUUGGAGACCGCGGGCCGGCGAAUGCGUUGAAUGCUAUUCUGCUUAUUAGUGGAGUGCCGUUGGCGUACUGGGUUGACUAUGGGUUCACGAAGAUGGAUAAUCAGGCUUCGUGGAGAGUGCCGAUUAUUUUUCAGUGCAUUUUUGCUUUCUUCUCUGGUGGGACGAUGUGGUUCUUGCCUGAUACGCCGCGAUGGUACUACGCUCGAAAUCGAUGGGACGAAGGCGAUGCCGUUCUCGCACGUCUCAACGAUGCGCCGGUUGAGUCUGAAAAGGUGCAGGCUACCCGACGUGAGAUCCUUGGAGCAAUUGAAGCAGAACUGGAGGCGAAUUCGAGCUUGCAUUGGAAACAAUUCUUGACGAUGGGCAUCGUCGAUAACACCAGAAUGAAGAUUGUGAGAAGACUUUGCAUGUGCUUCUGGCUUCCCAUGAUCCGCGAAUGGAUGGGCUCGAGUUUGAUUGCCUACUACAGCUCCGUAAUUCUCUCCAAAGUGACAGACCCCCAUCUCGUCUCCCUGAUCGCCGGUGUACUCAACACCUUCUUCGCACUCGGCUGCGUGCCCCUCUACUUCACCAUUGAACGCGUGGGCCGACGCUCCGUCCUGCUCUACGGCGCAAUCGCCAUGACGAUCCUGAUCUCCAUCUUCACCGUGCUCGUCGCAAUCUCCCCAACGCAAGCAAUACGCUGGGCAGCCGUGGCAGUCAUCUUCCUCUUCCUCUUCGUCUUCGGGUACGCAUGGCAGGGCUGCGUGUGGCUCUACUGCGCGGAAAUCGCACCUCUGGAGUACCGCCAUAUCGGUGGUGCGGCGACCGCAUUUGGAGAGUGGCUCAUGACUUUUAUCACAGUCUUUGCUGGCCCCAUAGGGUUCGAUCAGAUUGGAUGGUACUUUUGGCUGUGGGUUAUCUCGGGCAAUGUUAUUGCUAUCAUCUUUGUCUUCUUGCUUUGUCCGGAGACGGGCGGGAAGACUCUAGAGCAGGUGGAUUAUUUGUUUGUCAACAAGGGAUUUGCAGGAUUGAGGAAGAAUUUCGAUGUUGGGGACGAGGCACUAGAUGUGUGGAAAGAGGAGAAGGAAAAAUCUGUGGUUAUGGAAGAGAGGGUUGCGGAAAGAUGAAUGGAAGGUCCGUUGUAGGAGAGGCUCUGUGAUUAGCUUAGGUGUGGAGUUGUUGUGGUAGAACGUGACCAGUUGAUU